UUCGAUUUUUUCUUAAUUUUUUUUAAAGAAGUGGGAUUUGAUAAAAAGCAACCAAGAAAAAAAAAGUGAGAGAUGGAUACAUCGAUAGUUGACGAAGACCAAACAACCAGUUCUUAUCUUGAGUUAGAACCCGAGAGGAGACUGUUACAUAAUUUUGAAAAAGUUCUUCAGUUGAUUCAGGAGGAUAUAUUUUGGAAUGAUGUUGGUAAAUCCCUUGAAAACAAGCACCCAAAUGUCAUACAAUCUCUGAAAGAUAGGAUAAAAGAUCUUCAGAAACAUGACUGUGGAAUUGUCGUUGCAGGAGAGACGAGCACUGGUAAGAGUGCCCUUAUCAAUAAACUAAUAGGACAUGAAACUUUAGCCGAGGGUGCUUUAGAAACCACAGCAAAGAUCUACAGGGUGAAACAUUCCUCUAAAAUUACUGCAGUUACAUACAGAAUUGAAAAUUCAGAACCGACUGAACAUUCAUAUAACAAUGUUGAAGAAUUGCACGAAAUGCUGGAAAAUCUUGAAGAGGAAAAAACAAGAGACAAGAACAUUCAUCUAGUAGAUGUUCUGAUGCCAUUCCCUAAAAUACAGAAUGGGAACGUCACCAUUGUGGACACACCUGGGAUCAGUGACUCAAUAGAGUACAGAACAAUGCUGGAGGAAUACAUUCCUAAAGCUGUUGCCUUCAUCAUUGUCAUAGAUGUGUCUAGAGCUGGAGGUUUACAAAGAGACAGGGUUCUGUCUGUGUUGUCAACAAUAAAGGCUAGCGCGUCAGACAUGCAGUGCUUUGACCUAGAGGAUACUUUGUUUGUCAGAAACAAAUGGGAUUGUGUAGAUGUUGGGAGACAAAAGCGAGACGAGUUAAAAAUGAAAUUAACUGAUCGGAUGAUAGCAAAAUUGCCAUGGGUCAGAGAAAGCCAGAUUUUUGAUACAUGUUUAAGGAAGACGACUUCUAUGUUUUCCACCGCUGAGUUAUCUGAGUACAAUUCUCAAUUUGAACAAUUUGAAGAUGCCAUUCAUGUUUUAAUAAAAAAGAAGGAAAAUAUUAGAAUUCAAACUCAUGGAACAUAUUUAUCAGGUGUGGUUUUAGAAGCUAGUAGAGUACUCUCCGAGGAAGUGACUGCCAUUCAAAAACAAAAUGAGGGAAAUGACAUUACGUUUCAAACCUUUACAGAAAUUAUGGCCAAAACUGAGGAGGCAAUAAAGACAUUGCAAUUAGAUGAGGAAAAAAUAGUGAACGACAUCAUUGGAAAAAUAAUAUCAAGUCUAUACGAUUACAUGAAUUCUGAAGAGUUUUCAAACAUGAUUUUGCAAACGGAGCCAAAACUUGAGACGUUUUAUAAAAUGCAAAUUGAUGGAAAAAUUCGCGAUCGAAUAGAAAAAGCUACUAAAACGUGGUUGGAAGAAAACGCCCCAAAAAUCGUAAUAGCAGAGUUCGAUAUAAUUAUUCAAGAUGUAACAGAUAAAUACGAGAAAAUGUUGAAUAUUUGUCGAAAGUUUAAAGGAAUUGCGGAAUUCAAUUUUACAUUUAAAGAAGAGGGGUUAGUUAUGACUCUUGCUAGUGGUAUUGCAUGGGUCAGCAAUAAAUUUUUCUGGAGUUUUUUUCUUGGUCCAGUGGCAGGUUCUGUUAUCUCAGCAAUUUCGGCUGUCUCCCUUUUUUCUGUUGGUUCCUUAACAAUUACUGGACAAUUCAUGGAGGUCGAAGAAAUAAUCAAAGAUUCAUUCAAAAACCGCGUUAAAUCAAUGAAUAAAGAAAACCUGCAAACGUUGUUGCAUAAGAGAUUUGAAAAAGGCUUGCGUGAGUUUCAUAGACAUAUUUUUACAAUUCUGCUACCAAGUGAGAUCCGGAACAUGUCUCAUAGCGUCGAUUUAUUGAAAAAAAAUCAAAUUAGAAUGGAGAAAAAACAGAAUCAUAUCAAACGUUUGCUAACUGAAAUGGUUCGUUGUCAGAACGACGUUGACAAAAUAAUAACAUCUGUUCCACGGGUCUGAGUUUAAUGUCUGUUCAACAAACCAUUGAUAUAAAAAACUAAAUGAAUAAAAUAGCUACUUACGAGGGAAACCUUGUUUUGGGCAGAUUACUAGCUGUAAUUUAUAAAGUGUUCCAACAAAAAUUACAUUUAUAAAUUGUGAUGUUGGAAUGUAUCUAUUCUUCACAGUUGAUCGCAUUUUCUGCUUUGAAGUGGAGAAAUUAUGGACAUAUGCAAUUAAAUUUUAAACUGUAUCGAUCAUUUGAUACGAUUUUUGUGUUGGUCUUAUCAUGAGGUCUGCAACAUUUUUGAUAAGAUAACGACUUUAUUUUAUUUUAGUCAAUUAAACGACGUUCUUUAAUCAGAAUUAGAAUAUAUAUGGAUAAUUAUACAUAAUUCGUGAAGUUACACGUUUGUUACGGCAACGCUUAUUCUACAUGUUUACUGGGAUUCUGAAUUUUGAAAUCCCCGAUGAAGAAAUAUUGUAUCAUAAUUCUCAGUGAAUCUGACUUGAUUCGGACUUACUUUUUUGCCUGAGUGUUUGACUUUAUUUGUUGGUCUACAUGUUUGUAGCAAGUUAGCAAGUUAAAGCCGCUUAAAUUGUUGUAAAACUUUUCAAUGCUGAUUUCAACGUUUUUACUU